AUGGCGUUCUACGAAGCAGGAACACAAUGGCAUGCGGGAGAGGAGGCCAUACAUAGGUUGCUUCGAGUUCCUGGACAAGACAACCCUACACAACCAUAUCUCGCCCCAAAUGCGGCGAAUACUCUCAUACGGUCGCCUUUGAUCGCGCUCGGCACCCUCGACUCAAACGGAAGACCGUGGACAUCGGUAUGGGGAGGGGAAGCUGGCUUCUCGAGACCUAUUGGACAGUCGAUUAUCGGCCUAAAAACUACUAUUGAUCGAACACAUGAUCCUGUUGCCCAUAUAUUGUUAGGGGAUGCUGUUGAUGGUGAGGUUGUGCACGAAAAGGGAACUGGGAGGAUGGUCAGCUUGCUACCCAUUGACUUGAACACAAGGAAGAGGGUCAAGCUGUAUGGGAGGAUGGUGGCUGGUGCUCUUGCUGCUACAGAACCGGGAAUCGGAGAGGUCCAACUUGUUGUUAAGAUUGAGCAGUCUCUCGGAAAUUGCCCAAAAUAUCUCAAUAAGAAGCAAAUCAUUCCCCACGUACCGCAGCCCAAGCUUGUUUCCUCCACCAUACCUUUACCGCUACCAGCAGUAGAGCUUAUAUUGAAAUCGGAUCUCUUUUUCAUAUCCUCUUCAAACCACGAAUUAGACAUGGAUACCAAUCAUAGAGGCGGGCCGCCGGGUUUUGUCAGAAUACUUUCCAACGAUACGGACGGAUUAACUCUUGUAUACCCAGAAUACAGUGGAAACCGGCUAUAUCAGACUCUCGGGAAUCUUAAUUCCAACCCACGGGCAGGCCUGGUUUUUCCAGACUUUGAUACCGGGGAUGCCUUAUAUAUAACGGGAAGCACCGAAAUUUUAGCCGGUGAAGCUGCCACAAACCUCAUAUCACAUACAAAUCUAGCUGUGAAGAUCAAGGUCGAAGCAGCACGCUUCGUAUUGGACGGCCUAGCCUUCCGUGGCCAGCCUGGAGAAUUCUCCCCUUACAACCCUCCAGUGAGGUAUUUGUCGACUGAGAAGCCAAGCGGUAUCACGGCAAGUGAGAAGCAAAUAUAUGCGAAGCUCAUCGAUAAGAAAAUCAUUUCGCCGACCGUUGCGAGAUUUCGUUUCCAUAUCUCUGACCCAACAAAAGCAGGCCCGUGGAAACCAGGCCAAUACGCGACACUAAGCUUCAAGGACGAGCUGGACAUGGGAUAUAGCCACAUGCGCGAUGAUGACCCAAAGAGUCUCAACGACGAUUUUCUGCGUACUUUUACUAUAUCGUCUAGCCAUACUAGCUCAGAUGCCCACAAUCAAUUUGAAAUCACGAUACGCAAGGUCGGUGUAGUCACAGAUUUUCUGUUCCGGCAUAAUAUUCGGUCCGAGCUGGAAGUGCCUCUUCAAGGCUUUGGCGGGGAAUUCUAUAUUCAACAAAUCAAUGGCGAGCAUGUCUCAUUCGUGGCCGGUGGCGUCGGGAUUACGCCUCUUCUUGCUCAAGCCGCAGACCUUGAUUUGAAGCGCUUGAAUCUAUACUGGACAGUACGAGGCGAUGAUAUGGCCCUUGUGAAUGACACCUUUGAUAAUAUUCCUGGACUUUCAGAGAGAACUAACUUGUUUAUUACUGGGAAAAUUGUCAAGGAGUCCGAUGAGUGGAACCGAUUGUGUCAGUCUCCCGUAAAGCUACAGGAGCGGAGGAUAUCCAAAGAGGAUGUCUCAGGCAAUUCUACUUCCAAGUGGUUUGUGUGUGCUGGAACAAGCUUCCGAAAUACCUUGCUCGAGUGGCUUGAUGGGCAGACUGUGCUUUACGAGGAUUUCAAUUACUAG